AUGCCCACCCCCGGUGCUGCCACACCACAGCCCAAGGGCUUCCGCCGGGCCGUGUCAGAGCUGGACGCCAAGCAGGCUGAAGCCAUCAUGGUGAGAGGGGCGGGCUCCCCCCGCUUCAUCGGGCGGCGGCAGAGCCUCAUCGAAGAUGCCCGCAAGGAGCGGGAGGCGGCCGUGGUGGCGGCGGCGGCGGAGCCUGGGGACCCCCUGGAGGCCGUGGCUUUCCAGGAGCAGAACGGCCGGGCCCUGCUGAACCUGCUCUUCUCUCUGCGGGGCACCAAGCCCUCGCCCCUGUCGCGUGUCGUGAAGGUGUUUGAGACAUUUGAAGCCCAAAUCUAUCACCUGGAGACCCGGCCGGCUGCCAGGCCUCAGGAUGGGGGCUCCCACCUGGAGUACUUUGUCCGCUGCGAGGUGCCCCGAGCGGACCUGGCUGCUCUGCUCAGCUCCGUGCGCCGGGUGUCGGAGGAUCUACGGGGGGCUCAGGAGGACAAAGUGCCCUGGUUUCCAAGGAAAGUCUCUGAACUAGACCAGUGCCAUCACCUGGUCACCAAGUUUGACCCGGACCUGGACCUGGACCAUCCGGGCUUCUCGGAUCAGACCUACCGGCAGCGCAGGAAGCUGAUUGCAGACAUAGCCUUCCAGUACCGGCAGGGUGACCCAAUUCCCCGAGUGGAGUACACGGCAGAGGAAGUCGCCACCUGGAAGGAGGUGUACUCCACGCUAAAGGGGCUGUACGCGACCCACGCCUGCCGGGAACACCUGGAGGCCUUCGAACUGCUGGAGCGCUACAGCGGCUAUGGGGAGGACAGCGUCCCUCAGCUGGAGGACGUGUCCCGUUUCCUGAAGGAGCGGACCGGCUUCCAACUCCGGCCUGUGGCUGGCCUGCUGUCUGCCCGGGACUUCCUGGCCAGCCUGGCCUUCCGUGUGUUCCAGUGCACACAGUACAUCCGCCAUGCGUCCUCGCCCAUGCACUCCCCAGAGCCGGACUGCUGUCACGAGCUGCUGGGUCACGUGCCUAUGCUGGCCAACAGGACCUUCGCUCAGUUCUCCCAGGACAUCGGCCUCGCGUCCCUGGGGGCCUCCGAUGAAGAAAUUGAGAAGUUGUCUACGCUGUACUGGUUCACGGUGGAGUUCGGGCUGUGCAAGCAGAAUGGGGAGUUGAAGGCCUACGGGGCCGGCCUGCUCUCCUCCUACGGGGAGCUGCUGCACUCCCUGUCCGCGGAGCCCGAGGUCCGGCCCUUCGACCCCGACGCGGCGGCGGUGCAGCCAUACCAGGACCAAACCUACCAGCCGGUCUACUUCGUGUCGGAGAGCUUCAGCGACGCCAGGGACAAGCUUAGGAGCUACGCGGCGCGCGUCCGGCGCCCCUUCUCCGUGCGCCUGGACCCGUAUACGCUGGCCGUGGAGGUGCUGGACAGUCCUCGCUCCCUCGGGCGCUCGCUGGAGGCCGUCCAGGACGAGCUGCAGGCGCUGGGCCACGCACUGACCUCCAUCGGCUAG